AUGGAUGGACUAUUUGAAAUAUAAUCCUAAUAUAAGCAGUAGGGACUAAAGUAUCUCGAGCUUUAACUUGAGCCAAAGAAAAGUUUCAAUAUCUCUGAGAGAUUUGUACUAAUUCUAAGUGAAUUCAUUAAUCAGGCAUUUGAUAGUUUUCAAGGAGUAUUCAUACAUUCUAACGAUGGUAAAACUAGAGCACCACUGAUUGUUCUCAUGUUUCUAAUGAAUCGUUUCCGAUGGUCAACUCUGAAGGCGUUAGAGUAUCUGAAUUUCAAGAAGCCUGAUGUAGAGUUCACAGCAUCUAUUUUAAGGUCAAUUAAUGAUUUUGAGCACAAACUGAAAUCUGAUAAGAUUCAGUACAUCACCACAGACUGGACAUAAUUGUGUAAUAUUAUUUAGUUGACUCAUACAGAUUAGCUAGGAGAUUAUGCUGAGGAGGAACUUAUACUGACCAAUACAUUCAUCAAUACAUGCAAGGAUGACGAUGAAUAGAUUUAAUAAAUUGUUGAUGAUAACAUAAAACAUGAAAAUAAGUUAUCAUUGGAUUAUCAUAAUAAGAAUUACAAGCAAAAAUUGAGAAAAUUCAAAGUAAGAUGGAAAGAUUAAUAAUUAGAAAAUACUGUUAAAAGUUGGAUAAUCUAAAGAGUUGAAGAACAGAAAAUCCAAAAUAAUACUAAUAAGCUUGUUGAAUACAUUCCUGAACCUCAGUUCAAAUAGAACAAGGCAACUACCAAACUAAUGCUGGAUAAAAAAGAGAGCUAAGCAGACAGUAAUCUCAAUGAUAAUAAUGUUGACUAAGAGUCAACUAUAAUCCGCAGAGAAAAAACUUAAAAUCUGAUGAAGAAAAUGAUAGUCUCAAAUGUUAGAGUUAUUAAGCUCAAGAAAGAUAAAGUUUAGAUUCAAAGAAGCCAAAAUGAUAAUAAUUCGUAUUUGUAAGAUUCAAGUGUCUUUGAAGGGGAUUAAAGCAAGAGUGAGAGUUUUAACUCUUCUAUGAUGAAAAGUGAUUUUUCUUAGGAAGUUUAGAGCUAUCAACCAUAACUAGUGAUAAAUCGAGUUCAAAGCAAAAUGGAGAACUAAAUCGAAAGUAAUCAGAAAAGUGAAUUCAGAAUAAAAAUACUGCAGACUUAAAGAAUAGUCUCAGAUGUAAACUAGAAUAUUCAGGUUAAUAAAAAGGAAUGCGAAAAUGACUAUUACUCUAAUCCCCUUUCAGCUAAUAACAAGCAAUUUUCAAAUAUUUCAAAUAUGAUAGAAUAAGUAUCGGAAAGCAAUAAAUAACUUAUGAACAUAAUUCGAUAGAGUACUGGAAAGACCGAAAUUACUUGUUCCAGUAGAACUUAAAAUGACUCACCUAUCACUAAAUUUAAUACCAAUAAUCUCAAAGCAAAUAUACAAGGAAGUAGCAGCUAACUAUCUUAGAAUUCUGAUAAUACUGUAAAUAAAAGAGCAGUAAAUAUAGAUUAGUACCUUCGAAAGGAAAAAUUAAAAUAAGAUUCAUAUAGUAAGGGAAAUGACUAUGCCUAAAAUUGGAGCACUUAGACUAGAUAUAAUCCAUUGAAUGCUAUGAAAAGCUAAACUCUAAAUAACUCUACCGUAAAAAUUGACUAGAACCCAAACCAAAUUUAACAAUAGCCAAUGCAAAAGUACAAUUAACUUUCAAGAAAUAUUUAAGGUUUCAGCAAUUAAAGUUACUACCCUUCAAAUCUUGAUCAAAGCUCCAGAUUCAGAUAGCCUUUAAAUUUUAAUACAAUGAAAUAAAUAAGUGAAAUUAAAUAAUCUGUAAGUCUCAAUAGGUCAUUUUUCAUUUAAAGAAAAGUGGAGCUGUCUAAUGAAAAGUAAACUUUUGUCAAUUAAAAAGCAAUCAAAUUGCUUAAUUAAGAUUAAUUAAAGAAUAAAUCUGAGGGAAAAGGUUUUGCAGCUCCUACUGCUAUAUAAAAAUAAGCAUUAGUUUCUUUGGAUUAUAAUGAAGACUAGUCUAAAUUUUUCAGCAGAAGAGCGUAAACACCUAUGAGAGAUAACAUUAAAAAUAGUUCAAUAGAAUAGAUGCAAGUGUAAUAAGGAAUAAAAUCCAAAUAGUCAAAAUAAGAUAAUUCAAUGGUAGUGAAUCUUUUCAAUUAGAAUUAAGGAUAGAAGAGAAAUUCAAUCGGAGAAAUGAAUCCACAUUUUUUGAAAACACUCUAAAUAUUUUCUAAAUCAAGAGAACUAGAUAACUCAUGCAAAAAGUGA